ACGCUGCCCCUCUGGGUACCCCAUCCUGAGGCCUCUCCGUGAGUCACGGGGGCACCAUCCCCCACCAGGGCAGAGGCUGGAGGCCACUGCCAAGCAUGGCACCCACCUGGAGUCCCAGCGUGGUGUCUGUGGUGGGUCCUGUGGGGCUUUUCCUCGUACUGCUGGCCAGAGGAUGCUUGGCUGAAGAGCCACCCAGAUUUAUCAGAGAGCCCAAGGAUCAGAUUGGUGUGUCAGGAGGCGUGGCCUCCUUCGUGUGCCAGGCCACAGGCGAUCCUAAGCCACGGGUGACCUGGAACAAGAAGGGCAAGAAAGUGAACUCACAGCGCUUCGAGACCAUUGACUUUGACGAGAGUUCCGGGGCAGUGCUGAGGAUCCAGCCACUUCGGACGCCCCGGGAUGAGAACGUGUACGAGUGUGUGGCUCAGAACUCGGUGGGGGAAAUCACAGUUCAUGCGAAGCUCACCGUCCUUCGAGAGGACCAGCUGCCUCCUGGCUUCCCCAACAUUGACAUGGGCCCCCAGUUGAAGGUUGUGGAGCGCACACGCACAGCCACCAUGCUCUGUGCUGCCAGCGGGAACCCUGACCCUGAGAUCACCUGGUUCAAGGACUUUCUGCCUGUGGACCCCAGUGCCAGCAACGGGCGGAUCAAGCAGCUUCGAUCAGGUGCACUGCAGAUAGAGAGCAGCGAGGAGACAGACCAGGGCAAGUACGAGUGUGUGGCCACCAACAGCGCUGGGGUGCGCUACUCAUCACCUGCCAACCUCUACGUGCGAGUCCGCCGUGUGGCCCCCCGCUUCUCCAUCCUGCCCAUGAGCCACGAGAUCAUGCCCGGUGGGAAUGUGAAUAUCACUUGUGUGGCCGUGGGCUCACCCAUGCCCUACGUGAAAUGGAUGCAGGGGGCCGAGGACCUGACACCUGAGGAUGACAUGCCCGUGGGUCGGAAUGUUCUAGAACUCACGGAUGUCAAGGACUCAGCCAACUAUACUUGUGUGGCCAUGUCCAGCCUGGGUGUGAUUGAGGCCGUGGCUCAGAUCACUGUAAAAUCUCUCCCCAAAGCCCCUGGGACUCCUGUGGUGACGGAGAACACUGCCACCAGCAUCACUGUCACAUGGGACUCAGGCAACCCUGACCCCGUGUCCUACUACGUCAUUGAGUAUAAGUCCAAAAGCCAGGAUGGGCCGUAUCAGAUCAAAGAAGACAUCACCACCACACGCUACAGCAUCGGCGGCCUGAGCCCCAAUUCUGAGUAUGAGAUCUGGGUGUCAGCUGUCAACUCCAUCGGGCAGGGCCCCCCCAGUGAGUCGGUGGUGACCCGCACAGGUGAGCAGGCACCAGCCAGCGCGCCCAGGAAUGUUCAGGCGCGCAUGCUCAGCGCCACCACCAUGAUUGUGCAGUGGGAGGAGCCUGUGGAGCCCAAUGGCCUGAUCCGUGGCUACCGUGUCUACUACACCAUGGAGCCUGAGCACCCAGUAGGCAACUGGCAGAAACACAAUGUGGACGACAGUCUUCUGACUACUGUGGGCAGCCUGCUGGAGGACGAGACCUAUACUGUGCGUGUGCUCGCCUUCACGUCGGUGGGCGAUGGGCCACUGUCAGACCCCAUCCAGGUCAAGACCCAGCAGGGAGUGCCUGGCCAGCCCAUGAACUUGCGGGCUGAGGCCAAGUCAGAGACCAGCAUUGGGCUCUCGUGGAGUGCACCACGACAGGAGAGUGUCAUUAAGUAUGAACUGCUCUUCCGGGAGGGAGACCGAGGACGAGAGGUGGGGCGAACCUUCGACCCAACCACAGCCUUUGUGGUGGAGGACCUCAAGCCCAAUACGGAGUAUGCGUUCCGGCUGGCGGCGCGCUCGCCGCAGGGCCUGGGCGCCUUCACCGCGGUUGUGCGCCAGCGUACGCUGCAGGCCAAACCGUCAGCCCCCCCUCAAGACGUUAAGUGCACCAGCUUGCGCUCCACGGCCAUAUUGGUAAGUUGGCGUCCGCCACCACCAGAAACUCACAACGGGGCCCUGGUGGGCUACAGCGUCCGCUACCGACCGCUGGGCUCAGAGGACCUGGACCCCAAGGAGGUGAACAACAUACCCCCGACCACCACUCAGAUCCUUCUGGAAGCUUUGGAGAAAUGGACGGAGUACCGUGUCACCGCCGUGGCUUACACAGAGGUGGGACCAGGGCCCGAGAGCUCGCCCGUGGUCGUCCGCACCGAUGAGGACGUGCCCAGCGCGCCCCCGCGGAAGGUGGAGGCAGAGGCGCUCAACGCCACGGCCAUCCGAGUGCUGUGGCGCUCACCCACACCCGGCCGGCAGCACGGGCAGAUCCGCGGCUACCAGGUCCACUAUGUGCGCAUGGAGGGCGCCGAGGCCCGUGGGCCACCGCGCAUCAAGGACGUCAUGUUGGCAGAUGCCCAGGAAAUGGUGAUCACAAACCUCCAGCCUGAGACUGCUUACUCUAUCACAGUAGCCGCGUAUACCAUGAAAGGCGAUGGUGCUCGCAGUAAACCGAAGGUGGUGAUGACCAAGGGAGCAGUGCUGGGCCGCCCCACCCUGUCGGUGCAGCAGACCCCCGAGGGCAGCCUGCUGGCGCACUGGGAGCCCCCCGCGGACGCGGCUGAGGACCCGGUUCUUGGCUACCGCCUGCAAUUUGGACGCGAAGACGCGGCCCCGGCCACGUUGGAGCUGGCUGCUUGGGAGCGGCGGUUCGCGGCGCCUGCACACAAGGGCGCCACCUAUGUGUUCCGGCUGGCGGCGCGGGGCCGCGCGGGGUUGGGCGAGGAGGCGGCGGCGGCUCUAAGCAUCCCCGAGGACGCUCCGCGUGGCUUCCCGCAGAUCCUGGGUGCCGCAGGCAACGUGUCCGCGGGCUCCGUGCUACUGCGCUGGCUGCCACCCGUGCCCGCCGAGCGCAACGGCGCCAUCAUCAAGUACACGGUGUCCGUGCGGGAGGCCGGCUCCCCGGGGCCCGCGACCGAGACGGAGCUGGCGGCGGCGGCCCAGCCGGGGGCCGAGACAGCGUUCACGCUGCGAGGGCUGCGGCCGGAGACGGCCUACGAGCUACGCGUGCGCGCGCACACGCGUCGCGGCCCCGGCCCCUUCUCACCCCCGCUGCGCUACAGGCUCGCGCGGGACCCAGUCUCUCCCAAGAACUUCAAAGUGAAGAUGAUCAUGAAGACUUCAGUGCUGCUGAGCUGGGAGUUCCCCGACAACUAUAACUCACCCACGCCCUACAAGGUGACACUGAAAUCUGCCCGCAGGAACUACUUCAUUGUGAUGGUCCCACUUCGGAAGUCUCGAGGUGGCCAGUUCCCUGUCCUGCUAGGUAGUCCUGAGGACAUGGAUCUGGAGGAGCUUAUCCAAGACAUUUCCCGGCUCCAGAGGCGCAGCCUGCGCCACUCAAGACAGCUGGAGGUACCUCGGCCCUACAUUGCUGCUCGAUUCUCCAUCCUGCCAGCUGUCUUCCAUCCUGGGAACCAGAAGCAAUAUGGUGGCUUUGACAACAGGGGCUUGGAGCCAGGCCACCGCUAUGUCCUCUUUGUGCUUGCUGUACUGCAGAAGAAUGAGCCUACCUUUGCAGCCAGUCCCUUCUCAGACCCCUUCCAGCUGGACAACCCAGACCCCCAGCCCAUGGUGGACGGUGAGGAAGGCCUGGUCUGGGUGAUCGGGCCUGUGCUGGCCGUGCUCUUCAUCAUCUGCAUUGUGAUCGCCAUCCUACUGUACAAGAACAAACCUGACAGCAAACGCAAGGACUCAGAGCCCCGCACCAAGUGCUUACUGAACAACGCCGACCUCGCGCCCCAUCACCCCAAGGACCCUGUGGAAAUGCGACGCAUCAACUUCCAGACGCCAGGUAUGCUCAGUCAUCCGCCCAUCCCCAUCACAGACAUGGCUGAGCACAUGGAGAGACUCAAAGCCAACGACAGCCUCAAGCUCUCCCAGGAGUAUGAGUCCAUCGACCCCGGGCAGCAAUUCACCUGGGAGCAUUCGAACCUGGAGGCCAACAAACCCAAGAACCGAUACGCCAACGUCAUCGCCUAUGACCAUUCCCGAGUCAUUCUGCAACCACUAGAAGGCAUCAUGGGUAGUGAUUAUAUCAAUGCCAACUAUGUGGAUGGCUAUCGGCGGCAGAACGCAUACAUUGCCACGCAGGGCCCCCUGCCCGAGACCUUUGGGGACUUCUGGAGGAUGGUGUGGGAGCAGCGGUCUGCUACUGUGGUCAUGAUGACACGGCUGGAGGAGAAAUCACGGAUCAAAUGUGACCAGUAUUGGCCUAACCGAGGCACCGAGACUUACGGCUUUAUCCAGGUCACCCUACUAGAUACCAUGGAGCUGGCCACUUUCUGCGUCAGGACCUUUUCUUUACACAAGAAUGGCUCUAGUGAGAAGCGUGAGGUGCGACAUUUCCAGUUCACAGCAUGGCCUGACCACGGGGUACCUGAGUACCCCACGCCCUUCCUGGCAUUCCUGCGCAGAGUCAAGACCUGCAACCCACCUGAUGCUGGCCCCAUUGUGGUCCAUUGCAGUGCGGGUGUAGGGCGCACUGGCUGCUUCAUCGUAAUUGAUGCCAUGCUGGAGCGCAUCAAGACGGAGAAGACGGUGGACGUGUACGGCCACGUGACACUCAUGCGGUCGCAGCGCAACUACAUGGUGCAGACGGAGGAUCAGUACAGCUUCAUCCACGAGGCACUGCUGGAGGCUGUGGGCUGUGGCAAUACAGAGGUCCCCGCACGCAGCCUCUACACCUACAUCCAGAAGUUGGCCCAGGUGGAGCCUGGCGAGCACAUCACGGGCAUGGAGCUUGAAUUCAAGAGGCUUGCCAGCUCCAAGGCACACACUUCACGCUUCGUCACCGCCAGCCUGCCUUGCAACAAGUUUAAGAACCGCCUGGUAAACAUCCUGCCAUAUGAGAGCUCGCGUGUCUGCCUGCAGCCCAUCCGGGGUGUCGAGGGCUCUGACUACAUCAACGCCAGCUUCAUCGAUGGCUACAGACAGCAGAAAGCCUACAUUGCAACACAGGGGCCACUGGCAGAGACCACAGAGGACUUCUGGCGUGCUCUGUGGGAGAACAACUCUACUAUCGUCGUAAUGCUCACCAAGCUCCGAGAAAUGGGCCGGGAGAAGUGCCACCAGUAUUGGCCAGCUGAGCGCUCUGCCCGCUACCAGUACUUUGUGGUUGACCCAAUGGCAGAGUAUAACAUGCCGCAGUACAUUCUGCGUGAGUUUAAGGUCACAGAUGCCCGGGAUGGCCAGUCCCGGACCGUCCGGCAGUUCCAGUUUACGGACUGGCCAGAGCAGGGUGCACCCAAGUCAGGGGAAGGCUUCAUUGACUUCAUUGGACAAGUGCAUAAGACCAAGGAGCAGUUCGGCCAGGACGGGCCCAUCUCUGUGCACUGCAGUGCUGGCGUGGGCAGGACCGGCGUGUUCAUCACCCUGAGCAUCGUGCUGGAGCGGAUGCGCUACGAGGGCGUGGUGGACAUCUUCCAGACCGUGAAGGUGCUCCGGACCCAGAGGCCUGCCAUGGUGCAGACAGAGGAUGAGUACCAGUUCUGCUUCCAGGCGGCGUUGGAAUACCUGGGCAGCUUUGACCAUUAUGCAACAUAAGCCAUGGGCCCCGCCCGACACCUCAGCCCCGUGCCAAGGGCCCCGGGUGUGAUCCCAGCCCUGCUGCUGGGCAAGAGCAGCCCAGGGAGACCUCCUCUCCAUGAAGACAGGCGCUGCCUUCCUCAUUCCCUUCAGAUUCCAAAAUGAGGUUCCAGGGUGGGGGGUUGGGGUGGAGAGUAAAGGAGCCACUGCUCCCCACAGCUGGGGUCACACAGGGACGAACUCUGCCCCCGCAGUUCCCUGCUUGCCUGUCGGCAACAUUUUUUUUCUUUAUUUUUUUUUUAAUAGUGUAUAUUUUUUUCUUCAUCUUUUUUUUUUUUAAAGAAAAAACAAAAUUGUGCCGGUCAAAACUGAAAAACAAACAAGAUCACUCUUUGUGCCUCUGUGGGAGGCCUAUUUUUCAUAGUCAGUGUGUCAUGGCGGUUCCGUGAGAGGACUUCGACAGCUUCUGUGUGUGAUCUUUCCCACGUGUCCCACACUGCCCCUCAUCCCCGUGUGAAUGGUGCGCUUAGUUUUUCUUUUUACCAUUUUUACUUUUUUUUAAAAUCACUCUUCAGACAUAUCAGAUAUGGAGGAUAAGGCACUGGGGGGCACUUGGGCCAGACCACAGGGACAUGGCCAUCGAGGACACAGUGGUCAGCCUUGCUGCCCAAGUCCCCGGCACACCAGGGAGGGUCUUUGUCCACUCAUGACCUCUGUGCCCAGCAUGGAGGACCCAGGACUACGGGACACUUGGGGGAUAUUCAACCCCCUGGAGCAAGGGAGAUCUCUCUCUGUAGGAGAGUGGAUCAGCACUCGUCCCCGCUGUUUUCUGGGCAGAAGCAGCAGGUGACACCCCUGUAUGUAGAUAAACCAACUUUGUAUUAAAGAAAGAUUCGUCCGA